ACCAAUCUCGUCCGUGCACCGCCAGUCCGCAAAGAGGAAAAAGCACCACAUUCGAUGCUGGCCAAGUAGCAGCAGCAAGAGUAAAGUGAAGAAGUGUGAUAGGAAAAUACAUAAAUUUUUCCUACAACAGGAGCCACAGUCGCUCAAUAUUCAUUUUAUUCGAUAUUAUUUGUAAAAGAAUCACGCAAAGUGUCGCGAGUUGUACAAAAAUUGUUUGCGGCGGAAUUGUAGCGUCCAUUUCGGGAGAUCGUCGGUUUUUUUUCAGUAGAAUCAUUGUUUCAUAAGGAGGAAAUUUUUGUUCAAAAUAAUGUUUUAUCCGCUGCAACCAACCUUUGAGGAUGGGGAGAUCGAACUUGCCCGUACGGAGAUGCUGGUCCAGGAUCCGAUGGUCGAGAAUAAGCACUCUCUCGCAGUUUCACUUGCCCGUUCGGAAAUGCUUGUCCAGAACCAGAUGGUCGAUAACAAGCACUCGCUAGCGGUUUCGCUUGCCCGCACAGAGAUGCUUGGGCAAGAUACCAUGACAGAACAUAAACAUCCCCUAGCGGUAUCACUUUCGCUAGGAAACGCAUUAAUAAAUCUGAACCGAAUCAAAUGUCCUCAAUGCAGAAAGCGUUUCGAUACGAUGGAGGAGAUGCAGCAACAUCGUACCAAGCAUCUGACUGAGAACAAGUUUAAGUGCGAGAUCUGCUUGAAAGAGUUUCCCAGUCACAGUUCUAUGUGGAAGCACACGAAGGCUCACACUGGCGACCGUCCUUUUGUAUGCCAGAUUUGUAAUAAGGGUUUUACUCAGUUGGCGAAUCUGCAGCGGCAUGAUCUGGUUCACAAUGGACUUAAACCCUAUAAGUGUCCCGUUUGCCAGAAAGCAUUUUCGCAACAUGCCAAUAUGAUCAAACAUCAGAUGCUCCACACAGGUUUGAAGCCUUAUAAGUGUCCAGUGUGCCAAAAGGCCUUCACUCAACACGCCAACAUGGUUAAACAUCAGAUGCUUCAUACCGGCUUGAAACCCUAUAAAUGUCCUGUUUGUGAUAAAGCAUUCACCCAACAAGCUAACAUGGUGAAACAUCAGAUGCUCCAUACGGGAGUAAAACCUUACAAGUGUUCCACGUGUGGCAAGGCAUUUGCACAGCAGGCAAACAUGGUCAAGCAUCAGAUGCUUCAUACCGGAGUCAAACCGUACAAAUGUCCAACCUGUGGAAAAGCAUUUGCCCAGCAGGCGAACAUGAUGAAGCAUCAGAUGCUCCACACCGGGCUGAAACCAUACAAGUGUAGCACGUGCGGUAAAGCAUUCGCCCAGCAAGCCAACAUGGUCAAGCAUCAAAUGCUUCACACUGGUAUUAAACCAUACAAAUGUAGUACGUGUGGUAAAGCCUUCGCACAACAGGCGAACAUGGUCAAGCAUCAGAUGCUUCACACUGGAGUGAAACCCUACAAAUGCUCAGUGUGCGGCAAAGCAUUCGCACAGCAAGCCAAUAUGGUCAAACAUCAGAUGUUGCACAGCGGAAUUAAACCGUACAAAUGUCCCACUUGUGACAAGGCUUUUGCCCAGCAGGCUAAUAUGGUCAAGCACCAAAUGCUGCACACCGGUGAAAAACCAUUCAAAUGCAAGAGCUGUGAUAAAGCAUUCUCACAACGUGCCAAUCUUAAGAAGCACGAGAUGGUACAUCUCGGAAUUCGUCCGCACACAUGUCCACUGUGCUCCAAAUCGUACUCGCAAUAUUCUAAUUUGAAGAAGCAUCUUUUGGUUCAUCAGAAACAGUCCAUGAAGCAGCAGCAGCAGAAUGGCCAAGUCAUGGUGAUUUUAUACAAUUGUCAAACCUGCAAGAUGCAGUUUGAAAAUAUUCUCGAAUUUGAAAGGCAUACCAAACAAUGCAAUGAACUCAAUAAUGGAAACCAUGGCCUUAAGCUGGAACACAUCAACAUAAAGAGUGAAAUAGAUAUGGAUGGAAGCUCCAACUCUGGAAUAGCCCAGCACAUCACCAUACCUCACAGUCAAUCCCAGACCCCGAUGCACAUACCGUCCGCAAUUCUGACUUCGGUGAUCUCAUCCGCAUCGACGAUGGGCAAUGGACAUACAUUGACCACAAGCCACAUCCACCACCCCGCAGCUGGUCAUCUUCAACAUCCUCAACAACAACAUACUCCUCCAGAAGUUGCCAGCCAGCACCAACAGCAACAACAACAACAGCAGCAGCAAGCACAACAACAAUCUAAUAUUCACCAACAGCAGCAUUCUCCAGUUUCACACCAACAGCACCUGUCUCUCCAGCAGCAGCACAAUUUACCGAUUCACCUCCAGCAACAGCUCUCACACCACCUAAUAUCCUCACACCUUCCCCACCAGGACCACGGUCCAACGGAUCUUCAUCAUCAAGUGAACUUCCAUCACCCACAUAUUCCUCACCUCCAGAAUAUUCCGCACAAGAUCUUAUCGCCCCUAUUCCACAUCCCUACGUUUAACAACAAUCACAGUACAUAAUGGAACGAGAGCCGGGGAUCCUCACCGUGUGGCGGAUCUCCAGAACAGACUGCCAUAACUGUAACGACAACAGCAGCAAACAGUCCUUCCCCGUCAGAGUCCGCUGCUGAAGACUCUGCUGAUUAAUAGUGCAUACCAGGGUUGUUAUAAGCAGGUAUGGAUUUAGGGCGAUUUUCACAGGAGCUGCACCAGAAGCUUCGCUCCAGGAUAGAAAUCGAUUAUAUCAGCUCGAACAAAUUUAUUUUGUUUUUGAAUAUAAUGCGCUUUUUUGAA